CGCCCCCUGCACGUGCACAGCCGCCACUUCCGCUUUCUCGUCCCAUCGAGCAAGAUGGCAGAGGAGCCGGAGUCGGUGCUGCAGCUCCCUCCCUCGACUGCUUCUGGUGGCGAAGGACUUUCGGAGGUCUCCCCAGAAACCGUCACCCCUGAGCCCCCUUCUUCCGCUGCGGUUUCCCCAGGAACAGAGGAACCUGCCGGAGACAUCAAGAAAAAAAUUGACAUCCUGCUAAAGGCUGUGGGAGAUACCCCUAUUAUGAAAACAAAGAAGUGGGCUGUAGAGCGAACUCGAACCAUCCAAGGACUCAUUGACUUCAUCAAAAAAUUCCUUAAACUUGUGGCCUCAGAACAGUUGUUUAUUUAUGUGAAUCAAUCCUUUGCCCCUUCCCCAGACCAGGAAGUUGGAACGCUCUAUGAGUGUUUUGGCAGUGAUGGUAAACUGGUCCUACAUUACUGCAAAUCUCAGGCUUGGGGGUGACCUAUAAAGAAAACAACUUGCUA